GGGCUGAUGUUAUCAAUUUUGAUGGCCAUGUAGUGUUACCGUACAGAUUCAGGAACAAGAAAAUGAAAACACUGAAAGAUGUCAUCUCUCUGAAAUUUAAAACCUCUGAAAGUGAAGGUGUAAUCUUCCACGGAGAAGGACAGCAAGGAGACUAUAUCACCUUGGAACUUAAAAAAGCCAAACUUGUUCUUAAUUUAAAUUUAGGUAGCAAUCAGCUUGGCUCUAUUUAUGGCCACACAUCUGUGAUGACGGGCAGCCUCUUAGAUGAUCACCACUGGCACUCCAUCAUCAUAGAGCGCCAUGGCAGAAAUAUCAACCUCACCUUGGACAGGCACAUGCAGCAUUUCAGAACCAAUGGAGAAUUUGAUUACCUAGACCUUGAUUAUGAGAUAACCUUUGGAGGUAUGCCUUUUUCUGGGAAGCCAAGUUCUAACAGUAGGAAGAAUUUCAAAGGCUGUAUGGAGAGCAUCAACUACAAUGGUAAUAAUAUCACUGAUCUUGCCAAGAGGAAGAAAUUGGAACCUUCUAAUGUGGGAAAUUUAAGUUUUUCUUGUGUGGAGCCACAUACAGUCCCCGUCUUUUUCAAUGCCACCAGUUACCUUGAGGUUCCUGGUCGUCCAAGCCAAGACCUGUUCUCAGUCAGUUUCCUAUUCCGAACCUGGAACCCGAAUGGGCUUCUUGUCUUCAGCAACUUUGCAGAUGGACUGGGGAAUGUCGAGGUUGACAUAAAUGAGGGCAAAGUCAGCGUCCAUAUCAAUGUCACCCAAGUCAAGAAGAACCGAAUAGACAUCUCAUCAGGCUCUAGUCUCAAUGAUGGACAGUGGCAUGAAGUCCGAUUCCUAGCCAAGGAAAAUUUUGCAGUCCUCACCAUUGAUGGAGAUGAAGCUUCAGCUGUUCGAACAAACAGCCCUCUGCAAGUUAAGACGGGAGAGAAAUAUUUCUUUGGAGGGUUUCCUGGGCAGAUGAAUGACUCCGAUCACUCGCUAUUUCAGCCUUCGUUUCAAGGAUGCAUGCAGUUUAUUCACGUGGACGAUCAGCUGGUGGACUUACAAGCAGUGGAGCAAGGCAAGCUUGGAAGCUUUGCUAAUGUCACCAUUGACAUGUGUGCUAUUAUUGACAGGUGCAUGCCCAAUCACUGCGAACACGGUGGCAAAUGCACUCAGACGUGGGACAGCUUCAAGUGCACUUGUGAUGGAACCGGAUACAGUGGCGCCACUUGUCACAACUCUAUUUAUGAACUCUCAUGUGAAGCGUACAAACACUUGGGCAAAACUUCAAAUAACUACUGGAUAGAUCCAGAUGGAAGCGGGGCACUGGGACCUUUGAAAGUUUACUGCAACAUGACAGAGGAUAAAGUAUGGACAACUGUAUAUCAUGACCUGCAAAUGCAGACAUCUGUGGGAGGCAACAGCCCAGAGAAAUUAUCUGUGCUGCAGCUCAACUACAGCGCAACUAUGGACCAGAUUUCUGCCAUCACCAGUAGCGCUGAGUACUGUGAGCAGUUUAUCUCCUACUCUUGCAAGAUGUCCCGGCUGCUGAACACACCAG